GAGCGGGUGAAUCCUGUCAUGGAGGGUUCUCAGUGAUCCCUGUAAAGUGUUUUGGUACCAUGCCAGAACACUGUGAUCUGGGUUAGGAAGACACAUUGAGAAAGAUGUUGAUGGAUGUUUCCAGCAAUAACAACAAAACACUAGAUGGAUUUUACAAUGAUCUCCGCCGGAAAUAUCCAGAUGCCUUUAGCCUUGCUACUGACCUUGGCAGAAGGAAUGGAUCACUGCAGAAGUUACCACGGUUGGAGAAGACACCAUCCCCUGUAAUUGGAUUCCCACCAAACUCUCCAAAUGUUGCAUCUCCUCCAAAAUGGUCACCGGAUGGUUUCCUUUCCAAGGUGAAAUAUCAGAAAACGCAAAACAAUCAAAGAAAGGAAGAAGAAACAUCUCAGCAAAGUGGCAAUGCUGUUAUUAUCAAGGAUCAAGCCAUACCUGUGCCAACGUGGGCUCGGAAAGAUUACCUAGAUGCUCAAAAAGGGGUUUUAUUUCAUCUUCCAACUCUACGAACUCAGAUUGAGCAAAACAAAGUUGAGCUAAAAAACAAGUUUAACCCCCUCAAAAAGACAGAGACCAAGCAAAGCUCCCCAAUCCAGACAAGUUAUAGUGUUCAAGGAAAGACCUUCAGUGAUUAUACCACCACAAAGUCCACCAAUGAUUAUACUACCACACAGAUCACUGGAGAAUACACCACCACAAAGACCUCCAGAGAUUACACAACCGCAAAAAACACCAAAGAUUACACUACCACACAGACCACCGGAGAAUACACCACCACAAAGACUUCCAAAGAUUACACAACCACAAAGACUAACAAAGAUUACGCUACCACACAGACCACCGGAGAAUACACCACCACAAAGACUUCCAGAGAUUACACAACCACAAAGACCAACAAAGAUUACGCUACCACAAAGACCAAGUGUCACGAUGGUGAAAACACCACCACAAAGACCUCCAGAGAUUACACAACCACAAAAAACACCAAAGAUUACACUACCAUACAGAACUCCGGAGAAUACACCACCACAAAGACCUCGAGAGAUAACACAAAUACAAAGACCACCAAUGAUUUUACCACAACACAGACCUUCAGAGAUUACAAAACCACAAAUACCUCCAGAGAUUACAUUCCCGCAAAGACUACCAAUGAUUAUACCACCACAAAGUCCACUAAUGAUUAUACCACCACACAGACCACUAGAGAUAACAUUACUACAAAGACCACAAAUCACUACAUCACCACACAGACAGACAGAGAUUACACCAGCACAAAGCCCACCAAGGAUUAUAUCACCACACAGAUGAUCAGAAAUGACACCCCCACAAAACCCACCAAGGACAACAGAGAUCACAUUAGAGAUCACACCACCGCAAAUGAUUUCACCAUCGGAGAUGACACCACUAUGAAAGAAAGUUCCACAUCACAAACAAAUAUUGCUGGAGUUAAGUCAGAUCCAUUAGGGACCAUUAUGAAAGAACUGUUGCCCAACAAGCCUAGUGGAUUAAUGAAAGACCUGCCCAAGACCACCAAGAGGUUUCCCAGUAAUGGUACAGGUGGCUACAUUUCAGACAGUGACUCUGGAGUCACCCCGUGUGUGCCCAUGAAAGUAUUCAGGUCAAAAAUGAGGAGUCCACAAGCUCCUCCAGCUUCACGUGACAUCAUCAAAAAAUUCUCCGACAAACCCAAAAGAACUUCUGAACCCCUGAAAGCCGACCACUCCUUAGUGGGAGAGCAUAUUACACCGAUUGUCCAAAGAGAAGACAACCCUGUGACUAAGUACCUGAAGAGCUCGAUAAACUUCAAUGAGAAGAUACCAAAAGGACCGUCAAGGGCUCGAGUGCAUUUUGAGGAUGAAUCAGCAGAAGAUGCAGAGUUUCGAUACCAGGAAAGACUUCUUCUGGAGAGAUUACAGGCGACUAAAAUGAGAACAAAUAUCUCACCAAGUCCUCAGAUGAACUAUACAGAAAGGACUGCCAAGUCCGAAUCUCCCGAGAGAUCUUCUUCACCAUUGAAGGAAGGGGAAAAGUCAAAAAUCACAGAUCACCAGACCAUCACCCAUCCAUAUAGACGUCAACCAUUCCCACCACAUGUAGCCAAGAAAGUGUUAAUUGAAAUACCCAGAGGUGGUCUUCCCAGCAGGCGUGUACCUCAAAUAAGGGCAUCCCCUGCAAUGAAGGACCUCACUAACAAACAGGUAUCUCCUCGAAAUGCGACUUCUCUUGAUGGAAUUACAAUGAACUUCCCAAACACCAGCCACGAAUGGAGGGAACAAUCCCAAAGUGUCACAGCAAUGAAAGACGAGGAAAGAGGGAACCAUAGUCUAUCAUCACUAGAAACCCUAGGCAGUGGAACCACAGAAGUUUCUUCUGAAGUCACAAUAAUGAAACUGGAAUGGGAAGACUCAAAUUCCUCUAUCGGCAGUGGAAAUCCAUCAAGAUCCUCAUCUGAAAACCGUGACCUCAAUCUGGACCAUACCUUACAGAAUAAAGGUGCAAAAAUCUCCUUCUACAGUAAAAUGAGGAGCAGCCUUCGUAUAAAGAAGAAGCUAAAUUCGGAAGACAAAAGCAGCAGUCGUCAUUCAGAUUUCAUCCCUAAGAGUCCUAAGGAUAUAGAACCAGACCAAAGGUCUUAUAAAUCUGUAGAAGCUGUCAGAGGAAUCCAUGGAAAAUCUAGUCCUCAUGGCGCAGCGAUUCGCAGAUUCCCCAACCAGAUUGCAGCAGAUGACGGUGGACCCCGUUUUCUUGGCGCGAGUAGGACGAAGAAGGAUUUUGGGGAGGAUGUAGAGAUGCAGGGUCCAGACCCAACCUCUCCAUUAAAGGAGCCAUAUUCUCCCAUGAGAUGGAUGCAUUCAUUACUGAAGAAAGGACGAGCUAAGGAUUACCUGGUCCGUGUACCCUCUCCACCUACAAAGGAAGCCAGUAGAUACAGAAGAGAUCAGAUCCCUGACCAAACAUCUGGAAGAGUCCUGUCCAUACAACCUGACUCCAGCCGCCUGGUGGAGCUGGAACGUCCAAAAAUGGGGUUCAAUGGAUUAUAUCUGACUAAGAAGAACCAAAAUGGUUACUCAGGGUUGUACGUGGUUCAGCUGAGCGGAGCCUUCACCUCAUCAUUUCCACAGGGAAUCUUAGAAGUGGGAGAUGAAAUCUUGGAGAUAAAUCGGCUACAAGCGAAGGACCUACGUUUGGAUGAAAUCUAUACUCUCCUUGAAGAAAGCAGCUGUGUUCUCCUCAGAGUGUCCCAGAACGUCUCCUUGGCUUCAUAGUCUUUAGAUAAUGUAAUGUCUACUUCGUGUCAUAUUUUACAUGGAUUUAAUAUGAAAUAAAAAAUAACAUUUGUAAUAUAAAGUAUAAAUAUAUUGUAAAAUGGAAAUGCUUAUCAGUGUUUGAGAUAUUUAAUCAAUGAGAAAGUACUGCUCUGAUCAGAACCACAACAGUGUCCCCCAUCACCGCUACAAUGGCCCCAUCAUAGAUACAGUGCCCAUUACAGUAAUAUAAGUGCCUCCAAUACUUCAGAUGCUUUAAUUACAGUCACAAUACCUUAUUACAACACAUUGCACCAUUAUACAACAGUGUCCAACUAAAUCACAGCACACCAACGCAGCCACAGUGCCCACUACAGUGCCCCAUCACAGCCACAGCGUCCUGUCAAAUCACAGUGCACAAACACAGCCACAGAGCAACAUCAAAUCACAGUGCACAAACACAGUACACCAUCACAAACACAGUACAACAUCACAAACACAGUACACCAUCACAAACACAGUAUAACAUCACAAACACAGUACACCAUCACAAACACAGUACACCAUCACAAACACAGUACACCAUCACAAACACAGUACACCAUCACAAACACAGUGCACCAUCACAAACACAGUGCACCAUCACAAACACAGUGCACCAUCACAAACACAGCGCACCAUCACAGCUACAUUAUACCAGAGUGCACCAUAACAAACACAGUACAACAUCACAAACACAGUACACCAUCACAGCUACAUUAUACCACAGUGCACCAUCACAAACACAGUACAACAUCACAAACACAGUACACCAUCACAGCUACAUUAUACCACAGUGCACCAUCACAGCCACAGAGCAACAUCAAAUCACAGUGCACAAAUACAGUACAACAUAACAGCUACAUUAUACCACAGUGCACCAUCACAAACACAGUUCACAAUCACAGUUCACCAUCACAGCUAACAGUGCUCAUUAUACCAUAGUGCACCAUUAUAGCUACAGUGUCCAGUCACAUCACAUUGCUCCAUCACAGCCACCGUGCACGUUAUACCACAGUACUUUAUCACAACAACACUACACUAUUACACCACAAUGCCCCCAUUUUAUCACUGCCCAAUCAAAGGCAUAGUGUCCCAUCAAACAGUUACAGUUCCCCCCCAUAUUUCCACUGUACCCCACACCCAAUAGUGCUCUUGCAUCACACAGUCCUCCCUUUGUAGUUACAGUUCCUCUAUCACAGGCUCAGUGCCCCAUGACAUUCACAGUGUUGUAUCACAUCCAUAAUGCCCUUAUCACGCCAUAGUGCCAUUUUUAUAUCAUAGUGCCCCAUCACUGCCAUAGUGUCCUAUCACAGUUAUUUGCCCUCAUACUUUGCAGCUAUUCUGUUUUCAGGAAAUUAUAUGUGAGUGCUAACUGGUGGCCACCUACAUGUCCCAUCCUAGGGAUCAGUACCGGAACACAGUUGUUUGUCUACAUAUUUAGGGAAAGAGGACCAGUCUAGUCUUCUAUUCAAAUUUUUGCAAUUUGUGGUAUAAAAAGGGUGUAUAUUUUUCAAUUUUCAGUGUCAGUACAAUAAUAUGGAAUUAGCCCUUUAGGGGAUUAGUUCAUUCUGAUAUUAGCUCUGCCCCCAUUUUUUAACCCUUUGUCAUUCCAGUAGCAGUAAAGAUUGGCUUUGUAUUUUUUCUUUUACCUGAUUGAAGUUUUUAUGUAUAUUUUUGAUAUAUAUCAGUGUGCUAUUUAUAUAAAUGUUUAAUAAAUAAAAUGUACAAGCUAUUACACUUAUAGGUCUGCAACAUAUGUUAAAGGGGUUUGCACAGCUUUAAAGAGAAUCUGACAGCUAGUUCACCCAUACUAAACCUAGUACACUGGGUUAUAGUGCGGGUGAUGAGCUGUAAAAUGAGAGGUUACUCACUGAAAUCCGUUGGUUAGGUUCAGAGUUAUCCUUGUAGAUAGUUUUAUUCCUAAUGCUCCUAAGGGCGCAUUGCAGGCAGCUCACCCAGCUCUCCUGUCUUAUCCGUAUUCAGGGCUGGUGCAAGGACUUUUGCCACCCUAGGCAAAAGCUAAUUUUGCCGCCCCUUGACUCCACCCAUUGGCCCACCCCCUGAGACGCCCCACUUACUACUGGGGUGAAACACUUUAACAAGCCCCCUCCUCAUGUAAUUAGCUUACUACUGGGUUGAGACUGUAACAAACCUCCUCCUCAUACUGCUGGCUGAGCAAGUGGUUCAGAUGCUGGUUGUCUAACUUUCUUGCGGCAGGCAGAUCGGCGCUCUAGGUGGCCCUGUCCAUAUUCCCCCAUCAACCCCGCCCCCUUAAUUAUUAUGAUAAUAAAGGCUUCGGGUGAGUGCACAGAGGGCCAAGCGCUCAACCGCUGCCUUUAUUAGCAUUAUAAUAAAGGGGGCAGGGCCGACUGGGGAAUACGGAGGAGAUGGGGGAGCUCGGUCAGUUAUUUUUGUAGUUAUUCUUGUAAAUAAUUUUAUUCCUAAUGCGCCCCAGCGCAGAUUGGAGGCUGGGAACCGGCUGGCCGAGCUCCCCUGCCUCCUGCAUAUUCCCCCAUUGCCCCAUGGGUGAGCGCACAGAGAGCAGAGUGCUCACCGACGGUUUUAAUAUGGAGGAGACAGGGGAGGUCGGCCAGCCGCCUCCCCGCCUCCAAUGCGCACGGGAUAACUCUGAACUUUACCAAUGGAUUUCAGUGAGUAACCCCUCAUUUUACAGCUCUUUACCCACAUUUUAAUCAAGUAUAUAUUAUCCAUAUAUACUGGUUUAUAUGAACUAGCUGUAAGAUUCUCUUUAAAUAUAUUCAUUGUAUAGGUCAGAAAAAAAGAAAUGUUUGCCACUUACAUGCUGUCAAAAAAUUAUCCAGUAAAGAGUCAGUGUAUUGAUUUACAUAGUACAGCGCCAACUGGUGGCCAAAGUGUAUAUGAAUGUGCAGGACCACCUACUGAACUGAGUGUUGGGACACACAUGCUCAGUCACUCACUCCACAGCAGAGCCACCAAUAGAAAUAGUUCUCUGCUUGUCAGGGAAGGAGCAGAACCUCUGCAGUAGCAGUAAAGCUAAGAAAAGACUCCUUAUAUUAUAUUGUUAGGUGCCAGAGGGGGAAGAAGACAGCUGCAGGGCAAAACCAUCUUCCCUCUACAGCAAAGAUCAGCAGCAUCACCAAUAUGGAAUGAUGAAUGGGAUAAACCCUUUAAUGAUAUAUAUAUAUAUUGUACUGGCCACAUAUGCUUAAUAAAAAAA